CGUGCGGUUGUUUCGGUAGGCGUGCUUACAGCCAGUGAUCGCUGAUCGCGGUGAUGCCGGCGACGUCGUCGCGAUAGGCGCACAGACGUCGCGCGCGACCGAAACCGAUCCGGACCGUUUUGCCCCGUGUCGCGGACAGACGGUGCUGCCCGCGCGUAGUACCGACAUUUUCCAACCGCUCGGAAAUGCCGUCCGGCAAACACCAACACCAUCACCAUCAGCAGCAGCAGGUGACGUCCGCGACGGCCGUGGCCGCGGUGGUGGCCGCCCAGACCAUCAAGGAAAAGCAACGGUUGUGCACCAACUGCAAGAACCACAACCUGCGCAAGGUGUGGAAGAAGCACAAGCGGUACUGCAAGUACCGGGACUGCACGUGCCCGAAGUGCACGAAGACCGCGGCCACGCGCAAAAACUGCGCGGAACAGACGGCCAAGCGACGGGCCCGGCAAGAGGACGAGCAGCGCGAACAGGAGCUCCAGCUGAAUCCGGCCAAUUUCCUGGACGAGAGGCCCAUACCGUAUACCGGCACGGUGUUCGGCGUCGGCGUGGACACCGCGGCGUCCGUGUCCACGUUCCGGUCCAUCGGGCAGAUGAGCUCGUCCUCGUUGGCGGCCGCGUCGUCCACCACCAAGGCGUCGUCGUCCCGGACGUCCGAGUACGACGACAAUUCGUUCAUAGAGGUCGACGUGCCGCCAACGGACCAGAGCAUCGUCAGCGACGCGAGAGGCGGCAGGCUCGAAAACACGGACGAGGACAUCGACGCAGGUAAGCAACAGCGUGUACAACGGUAUCGUAGACGUGCGCGAACGCGACGUUCGACUUUUCCGCGACGUUUAAAGAAAAACAACAACAAUAAUAAUAGAAAAGAGAGAGAGAGAGAGAGAGAGAGAGAGAAAACAACCAACAAAUCGGUCUCUCGCGACGCGGGUCGAGACCAUUUUAGACGCGCGCGUUUCGGCGAAGCGUUUUACGCGAAAAAGUUUGCCGCGCGCAUUGUUCGCCGUUUCGGUCGCGGUACCGCGCGAACGCGUUUCGUUUACCGAAAUCGGCGGUAACCCGCAGUGACCGCCGGUAGACGGUAAACGCAGCUGCGAACCGUGCGCCGAUUCCCGGAAAUUCGGUUGUCGAAAGCUCGUUAAACAAACAAACAAACAAACAAACGAUAUUACUGUCGCAGAUGGAAAUCGGAUUUUCCCCCGAAACGUUCGCCUUCGUCACGCCCGCGUCUGACAACGCGCCGUCGCGUAACGCAAAUUAUUAUUGAAUGCGCGCGCGCGCGCAUAAAUUACGUCGGAAUACCCUAAUAAAUGUCGCGGUAUCCGUCCAAAUGUCGUUUGAGUGCGACGAAAAACGUCUACCGUUCGUUUUUUUCUAUCAGCGCGACAUUUUCGGUAGAAAAACCACAACGGGCCGCACAAAUUGACAGUGCCCAAAUCGUACGCCGCAAACGCGUACGUUUUUCGUUGGUCGUCAUUUCCGCGGUUUUCUCAAUAACAAUUAUUAUGAAAACUACUCGGGAAAUCGAAAAACGACUUUCAUUCGAGGGCAUUUUGAAUAAAAAAAAAAAAAAAAAAAAAAAAAAAAAAACUACGAAAUCGAUAACGCCGCGGCGCUCCGUGAAUAUCCGCCGUUUUACCUGUGCACAGUGUCGUUUCCGGGUUUUCUCCGAUUAUUUCGAAAGCCUCCGAAAAAGUCAAUGUUUCUGCGGACAUUUCACGGCGAAGCGAAAAUAAAGGCCUUAACUGUGAAAACGCAACGUCGACAUAUUUCAAACGUUUCGCCAUAGUGUGAGCAAUGUGUACACGCUGUUUUGACCGUUUUGCCAUUUUGAUGUUGGAAAUUCGACCGGUUUUCUUUUCGCGUAAAUUUAAAAAAUUCCAAACAAAAUAAUCAGCACCUUAAUCCGUUACGCGCGUCGAUACAAAUAACUGUUCGGCGACCCGACAUAAUUGACACCCGAUUCGGGGGACACAAUAAUGUUGUAAUUAUAAUACGCGCCAAUAGUCGACUCGAAUCUCGUUUGAAAGGGACGUAUUAUCCUGCGUAUAUUUCGAUGUAGUCGAACUGGCUGUUGUAUACGAGGCACAAACUUAAAACGACAGAAAUCAUUGUUGUUCAUCCUAGGACGCAUAUUGAAAUAGCACGUUCAGUACGUUCGCUUGACGACACGGAAAAAUAGAGAUAUUUUUUUUUUCUGUUGAGUUUUUAAAAUAUAAAAUGACGCGUAAGAGUCGCGAGACGCGCGCAGUCAAUAUAAAUUAUUAUGUGCCGUUAUAAAUACCGUAUUGAUCGAGAGCGAUUUUUAGCAAUAAAAAUCGUUAAAAUGAGUCAACCGUUUAAUCGUAAUAGGUUGCCAUUUUUAAAACUCCUCUAAUAAACAAAUAAAUUAAUCGAAAUUAGAUUUUUGUUUUUCUUAUCAAAUUGUUUUCUAUAAAAAAAAAAAAAAACCCCACCGUAAACGCAAUUAAAAACGAUUUGUCGAAAC